CUCGAAAUUUCAACCAGGCGAUUUCGCCGCCUGUCCGUCUCAGUCAGGGCGUCUCGGGACGUUCGCACGGCGCUCCUCUCACUGAGCGACCUAUGCAUCUUCGAUUGCGAGAUAUGACGUACUAAGCUGAGGUAGUACGGCCAUGCAUCAUCGUGCCAGAUCGUGUACGCCCGUCUUCUUUGAUGGGAGCAACCUCUCAAGCUCAACAAGUAGCUAGCUCCGACACCUUGCAGCUGCCCAUCCCGUGUCUUGCCCAGAGCUCGCAGGAUUCUUCAAUCACUCACGAUGCUACUUUGGGUCCAACUGCUCGUCGGGCUCUAUGUGGCGCUCGCCAUCGCCGCGUCGGCAGUGAGCGUGCGCCAGCUCUAUCGUCGCCCACGCCCAGACGCCAUCUUCCAGUUCCGAUCGACGCUGGCGUAUGCGUGCCAGCUCCUUCUGCGCGCCUUCGCGGCCGCCCGCUUCAUCCUCGUCGUCGUCGCACAGCCGCUCGUCUACGAGUACGCCACGUGGAGCUUUGGCAUUCAAGGCGUCUACUUUGUGUGCGCCACGAUCUAUCAAGUCGCGCACCACUGGGCGCGGUACGAACCCGUGCUCUUCCACCGCGAUAGCUACGUGCUCAAUACGCUCUUGGACAUGAGCUGUGCGAGUGUGGUGCCAGCACUGCUCGCGUUCGCCACGUCAUCCAGCCGAUUGGACGGGCAGAACGUGGCGUUGCAUGGUGCAUCCUUCGUCGUGUACCUGCUCGAGUUUGUCGGCAACCACUUUGUCGUCCAGCGCCAAAGCCUCGGGCUCACGCUUCUGCUGCCGAGCGUCUACGUCGUCGUGCUCUGGCUGCACCAAGAUUCGACGCCAUCGAGAUGGCUCGACCUGUCGUUGCCCGGGGCUGCCAUUGGCCAUGCGUGUCUCUUUCUCAGCCAUGGGGUCGCCUUUGGCCUCUUCUAUGGCAUCUCGCUGCUCAAAGAAACAUACUUGCAUGGUCAGUGCCCGGUCGUGGUCAACCAAGGCCCGCCAAGAGCGCGAAAGCUCAGUUUUGUUUGAUUCCAAAUGUGUAGUGAAAAUGUGUUGGC